GCUACUACCCACAAAUGGGGGACCUGACCCGCCCUCGCGUAGAGGGAGCCAAUCAGAGCAAGCCUUGAACACGGGGGCGGGACAACAGAGGAGCGGGUCCAAUGUGGAAUCAGCCCCGGGUCGCCUCAGGGCAGAGUAUUGCAAAGUCCAAGCAGCGAGCGAAGAGGAGGCGGAGGGCUGGCCAAUCAGAGGGAGCAACUCACAGCGUUGGGCAUUGGCAGCCAGUCAGAAGAGUGCUCGCAGGUGACUCGCCCGGCCCCAGCUUCCCGCCUUUCCCCUAACCUCUAAGGCUGCGCGGCGCCGCGCUUCCUGGACUGGGGUCAUCGGCCACAGCGCUAUGCUUCUCGUCCUCUCCUCACACUCCUGCUACAGAUCCCAGGUCCGUGCAGGCGUCCGGUGGGACAUGGCGAACUCGGGCGGCGAGGACCUCCGGAGCCAGGAAGGGGAGAGUUUUCUCUACUUCGCCUAUGGCAGCAACCUGCUGACGGAGCGGAUCCACCUCCGAAACCCCUCGGCCGUGUUCUGCAGCGUGGCCCGCCUGCAGGAUUUUAAGCUUGACUUUGGCAAUCCCCAAGGCAAAACUAGUGAAACUUGGCAUGGAGGUAUAGCCACCAUUUUUGAAAGUCCUGGCGAUGAAGUAUGGGGAGUAGUAUGGAAAAUGAACAAAAGCAAUUUAAGUUCUCUAGAUAAGCAAGAAGGGGUUAAAAGUGGAAUGUAUAUCCCAAUAGAAGUUAAUGUUUCUACUCAAGAAGGAAAAGAAAUAACCUGUCGAAGUUAUCAGAUGACAAAUUAUGAGAGUGUUCCCCCAUCACCCCAGUAUAAAAAGGUGAUUUGCCUGGGUGCAAAAGAGAAUGGUUUGCCACUGGAGUAUCAAAAGAAGUUAAACUCAAUAGAACCAAAUGACUACAAAGGAAAGGUCUCAGAAGAAAUUGAAGACAUUAUCAAAAAGGGGGAAGCAAAAACUCAUUAGAACCUAAUAGAAUACAUCUACAGAUAUUUUCUCUAUAUGUUAAUACAUUUUUAACAUUUAGAACAGGGAUCUGGGAUAUCUGUCUGUUUAAUAUAUUUUCAACAGUGUUCUGAAGGGAUAUCUCACUUGGGUGAUUCCUUGUUUUCAGGCUAUAAAAAGACCAGGAUAGGAGUUAGACAAUUGAAAAGGGGGCCUUGCAGCAUUGGAAUGCAUGACAAGUAGAUGUGAGUAUUCCUUCUGUGAACCCUUAACGUUAUUUUAUUGAGUUGAUCUGAAGUGUAUUUUUGCUCUGUGAUAAAGCGUAGAUUUGCAACUUAAGGAUGGUGCUGGUAAAUCACUCUGCUGUGGGAUUUUUUCUUAGUCAGCUUACUAAGAGCAAGCAAACUUCAGAGACAAUUGAUUAUAACAACUUCAAAAUAUAAAAGAUGGCAUACUGUUCUUAGAGGAAUAAAUGUAUUUAU